AUGUGGGUUUGUCACGAUUUUCGCUGUUGGCGCCACUGCUUGUCACCCUCACUCUGGUUCUUUUUCAUUUUGCACUGUCACUCCGGAAACAACUGUCACCCGAACAUCAACGAACGCCUCGCGACGAAAGUCGAACUUUCAACCGGAAUAAAACCUUCAAAGCGAGAAAAACACACAGAAUUAAAAAAUAGGGGUUUAUUUUUAGGCAAAACAGUCCCAUCAACGCAAAUGCCGCUGCAAAUGCAGACGAUAGUAGCCUUGAACGCUGUAGAGCCCAUGCAAGUCGACGCUCCCCCCGAAGACAACGACAACAAUGAAGAAGAAAGCUACAUUGUGGAAAACCCCUCCCUAGAUCUCGAAGUGUACGCCAACAGCUACUCGGGUUUAGCCAAACUGUCUCGAUUGAACUUCAUCAUAGACCAUUGCCCCUCUUUGCGACUAGAAGCCCUGAAAAUGGCAAUUUCGUACGUGAUGACCACCUACAACGUAAACUUGUAUCAAGUCUUGCACCAGAAACUAGCUGAAGUUACCACCGCCAUGAGCGUCCCUGAUGUGGCAGCCCCGUCGACUUCUCAGGAUAUCCCCGUCAUAGAUAACCUCUGGAUGGAGACCCGAUCGAAAAAGGCCGCCCUUAAGUUAGAAAAACUCGACAACGAUCUCAAAAACUACAAGUCUAACUCGAUCAAAGAGAGUAUUCGGAGGGGGCACGACGACCUAGGCGACCACUAUCUAGAUUGCGGCGAUUUAUCAAACGCCCUCAAAUGUUACUCACGGGCUAGAGAUUACUGCACUAGUGGCAAACACGUGGUCAAUAUGUGUCUAAAUGUGAUCAAAGUUUCAGUUUAUUUACAAAAUUGGUCCCACGUUUUGAGUUACGUAUCGAAAGCGGAAAGCACACCGGAUUUCACCGAAGCUCAAGCUAAAGACUCCAAUCAAGUAAUCGUUACUAAGUUGAAGUGUGCGGCAGGUUUGGCCGAACUGGCUACGAAAAAGUAUAAAUCGGCGGCUAAACACUUCCUUCAGGCGAAUUUAGACCACUGUGAUUUCCCAGAGUUGCUCUCGGCUAAUAAUGUCGCGAUGUAUGGGGGACUGUGCGCUUUGGCGACGUUCGACAGGCACGAGUUGCAGAAAAAUGUUAUUUUUAGCAGUUCUUUUAAAUUGUUCCUCGAGUUGGAACCUCAACUGCGCGACAUUAUUUUCAAGUUCUACGAAUCGAAGUACGCUUCUUGCUUGAAGUUGCUGGACGAAAUUAAGGAUAAUUUAUUGUUAGAUAUGUAUAUAGCGCCACAUAUUAACACUUUGUACACACAGAUACGGAAUAGGGCGCUUAUUCAGUACUUUAGCCCUUAUUUAUCGGCGGAUAUGCACAAGAUGGCGAUUGCGUUCAACAGGACAGUGCCGGCUUUAGAAGAUGAACUGAUGCAGUUGAUUUUGGAUGGGCAAAUCCAGGCCAGGAUUGAUUCACACAAUAAAAUUUUAUUUGCAAAGGAUGUUGAUCAGAGGAGUACCACUUUCGAGAGGAGUUUGUUGAUGGGGAAGGAGUACCAAAGGAGAACGAGGAUGCUGAUUUUGCGGGCGGCGGUUUUAAAAAGCAAAAUACACGUUAAGAGUCCGCAACGAGAUACAUCAGGACAAGCUGGAGAAGUGACCGUAGCCCCUGGGACUAGUAGCGUUUUGUCUGCACGAAAUUAAUUAUUGAUCAUAAUGUGGUACUUUUAUUGUAACAUUAUAAUAUCGUAUUCUGUGUUAAAUUAAAAAUAUGAAAACAUUUAAA